GCUCCUGGACCCCUUCGGACCCCUCCUUUUCGCGGCGCUUGCGGCUUCCUCUCUGGGGCUGGGCCUCUAAGCCUCCUUAGUCCUCCUGGAAGACAACCAGAAGCAGCCGGCGGGAAGAGUCUAGCAUCCGCAGCCGCCGCUAGGCCCCGCCCAGCAGCAGCGGAGCAGGGCCGCGCCCGGGACCGCUGCAGAGCGGGGUAGACAAGACCCUAGCCCACAGAUUCCGUUAAAUUGAGAGGUUCUGGUCCGAAAUACGCUGCCACCUGGCAACGGUGACCUCAGCCCUGCACCCCCUCCCUGGUUGGGCCAGGGAGCCACGACACUCCGGGCUUUAGAGAGGCGUGGUGUGACACUAGCCCCGCCUUUGGGGGCCGACCAGGGAUAGCCCGAACGCAGGGAAGAUACCUUUUCACCGCCCAAGCCAGCCCCAAACCCCGCCCUCGGCCCCGCCCCCGCGCGCUCCCCAGCUGGCCAACUCCACCCAGCCCUAAGACCCUUUUUCUGGUCUGCAGCUGUCUUUCUUGUUUCUGCUUGCAGACGCCACUGGCUGGAGAGGGCUUCUGAUCAACCUUUUCCAGGUACGCAACCUUCUUCGCCUUUGCAGCGGGAUCUUUCUCCUUCCGGUCGUCAGUUAAGACAGCAGCCAUGCCGGUAUCAGUGACCCGCACAACCAUCACGACUACAACAACGUCCUCCUCCUCCACCAUUGUGGGGUCCCCUCGGGCACUGACCCAGCCCCUGGGCCUCCUCCGCCUCCUGCAGCUAAUAUCCACUUGCGUGGCUUUCUCGCUGGUGGCCAGUGUGGCUGCUUGGACGGGGCCCAUGGGUAACUGGGCCAUGUUCACCUGGUGUUUCUGCUUUGCUGUGACGCUCAUCAUCCUGAUUGUGGAAUUGGGCGGACUCCAGGCCCGCUUCCCCCUGUCAUGGCGAAACUUCCCUAUCACCUACGCCUGCUACGCGGCUCUCUUCUGCCUGUCGUCUUCCAUCAUCUACCCCACCACCUAUGUGCAGUUCAUGGCUCACGGACGGACCCGGGACCAUGCCAUCGCGGCCACCACCUUCUCCUGUGUCGCCUGUUUGGCCUACGCCACCGAAGUGGCCUGGACUCGUGCAAGGCCCGGUGAGAUCACUGGCUACAUGGCUACCGUGCCGGGGCUGCUCAAGGUUUUCGAGACCUUCGUAGCCUGUAUCAUCUUCGCCUUCAUCAGCGAACCAUCCCUGUACCAGCAGAAGCCGGCCCUGGAGUGGUGUGUGGCAGUCUACGCCAUCUGCUUCAUACUGGCUGCCGUGACCAUCCUGCUCAACCUGGGGGACUGUACCAACAUGUUGCCCAUCCCCUUCCCCACCUUCCUGUCAGGCCUGGCCUUACUGUCUGUCCUCUUGUAUGCCACCGCCAUUGUCCUCUGGCCCCUCUACCAGUUUGAUCAGAGGUACAAUGGCUACCCCCGGCGGGCAUCGGAUUCAAGCUGCACGUACACACACCCCCACUCUGUGUGUUACUGGGACCGCCGACUGGCGGUGGCCAUCCUGACAGGUGUCAACCUGCUGGCCUAUGUGUCUGAUCUGGUGUACUCCGCCCGUCUGGUGUUUGUCAAGGUCUAAGGUUAACAAGGGGCUCCCCUCCCCGUCCCUUCUGGCAACCUCUUCAUCUUAUUGCCCAGGUUUUUGGUACCGUCCUGUUUCCUCCUCCUCCUCACCUCCCUCCCAUUUCCUCUUCCUCCUUAUAUAUUCCUCCUGACUCAUUGUUCUCUUUCCUUGUUUCGCUUUCUUCCCUUUCCUCUUCCUGUUUGCCUGUCUAUCUCCUGUUUUGCUGCCCCGGAGCUGUCUCCACAGCUUUACCUCUUUCAUAUUCCUAUCCCCACGGUUUCCCCGGAGCCCUCAGAGUUCUUGCUUUCUCUCCCUCACCCCUCAAAGGUGCUGACCCCACACAUCCCACACUCCUUUGCAGUUCUUCACCCCAUGGGCCUCUCUCGGGCCCUCAUUGCCAAAGCAUGCCUGCCUGCCUGCCUGCCUUAGCUGUGCCUUAGUAUGUGCGUGUGUGUUAAAGGGGUUGGGGACCAGGCCUAUAGCGCACCUCUCCUUUAAGUUCAAAACCAAAAAAAAAAACCCAAAACAAAACAAAAAAACUCUGGAGGUCAAUAAUUUCCGGUAGCCAGGAGCCUUUAAGCAGAGAGUCUCUGCCUCUACCUUGUCACUCAGCUUUGCCUAAAAUUGACUCUAGAAUUUUUUUACCAGGCUUACUGAAGACCCACUGCCUAGAGGCUAUCCUAGAUGAAGCAAAGGAUGGAUGCCUUUGCUGAAUUAUUCUCUGUGCUAUCCAAACAAACAAACA